UUUUAGCCACCGAGACGGCUUUUAAAACACUGGUCCAAACGCAACCGAUCCGGAUUCCGGACUGGGAAGAGAGAGGGCUUCGACACUCGAUAGUCGAUACGAAGUUGGUAACCCAAAAAGAGAGACGUGAGUGGGAGAAGAAGCAAAAAGAGGAGUAUGGCGUGUACUACAGGAGUAUGCCAAUCUGGUUGCUACAAGGAGGAUGACGACGAGGCGAUGGAGUUUGAAAGGAGGAGCGAGUCUGCAACUACUACAACUGCUAAUGGUUCUGCUUCGCUUCCAGUUAAGGAAGAUUCUGACCAUCGGAAUCUCUGCUUCAAGUGCAAGGUGGAUGAAGCUAUCACUGGGGAUGAAGCCCACCUUUGCCUUGGCUGUUUCCGCUCUUCUCUCUUCGGCAAGUUCAAGUUCUCCGUCACUUCCCAUGACAUGAUUAACCCUUUCGACAAUAUCCUCGUUGCCUUUUCCGGUGGUCCUUCCUCUAGGGUGGUUCUACAAUUUGUACAUGAGAUGCAACAGAAAGCACAGAGGAAUUUUGAUGCCAGCAGAGAUAGAUCUUUGCCAGUAUUUGGUGUUGGAGUUGCUUUUAUUGAUGAAACUGUUAUUUCUUCUAUUCCUUCCCAUGAAUAUGAAAAAGCAAUUCAAGAUAUCAGAUUGAUUGUGUCAAGCUUAGCUCCACCAGAAAAAAAACUGCAUAUUGUACCCAUUGAGAAUAUCUAUUCUUUGGAUUCCAAGGGUGAAACAAGUAGGCUGAAGGAAUUGUUGCAUGCCAUUGAUGAUGACACUGGGAAAGAAGAUCUUGUGCACCAUUUGCAUAUGAUGUCCUUACAAAAGAUUGCUCUUGACAAUGGCUACAACAAAUUGGUUUUAGGAUCAUGUGCAUCAAGAAUUGCUUGCCAUGUCAUUUCAGCAACUGUAAAGGGCCAGGGUUACUCUUUACCAGCAGAUAUACAGUAUGUUGAUGCAAGGUGGGAGAUCCCAGUGGUUCUUCCUCUUCGGGACUGUCUUAUACAGGAGCUUAACAUGAUCUGUAGUCAUGACAGUUUGAAGAUUGUUAAGCAGCUUGAUGGUUCUGGUUCUGGCAUCAAUGUUUUGGUGUCAUCAUUUGUAACUCUCUUGCAGAAAGAAAAUCCUUCACGAGAGCGCACUAUAGUAAGAACAGCAGAAAAGCUUACUCCAUUUCAUUUCAAUAGGCUACCAGAAACUGAUGAUCCCAACAAUCAUGUGUCCUCCCGAAGGCGCCAUAAGAAGUUUAACCCUAAAUCUAAUGAAUCUAUUCCCUCAGAGCUUUUCUGUCCAAUCUGCAAUAGCCCACUGAAUAAAGUGGAUUCAGAGAGGUUGAAAAGCAAUUUAAGACACUGCGAAACCAGUGCUGAUAUUUUGGGUAUAAGCUGCUGUUCUAGUUGCCAGUUUCAGAUACUACCAAAGAAAUCAUCAUCCAAGGAGCAUUUUUACUCACUUCUUCCCCAACCAAUGAUUGAUCGUGCAAAGUAUCAUAUCUCUAGGGACCAGGACUUGCUAAGGUCAGGGAACAAAUAAAAGAUUUUCUGCUUUCAGAGGAUGAGAAUGGAACCUAAAGUGAUGUUUGUGGUAACCGGCGCUUCAUCAUCAUCAUAAGUAGCUUUUUGUUUAUUUUAAUGGUUGUUUCUGAUUGGUUUUUUUGUCCUUUAUGACACACCAUGCUUAGGGAAACUGUACCAGAAGACUGUCAAUUAAGCACAAAGAUCAAUACCAAUAUGAAUCAUCUUAGUCACAAAUCUUUCUACAAUGCUUGGAAGCUAGAUUCCCUGUUCUUUGAAAUUGUAGUAACAUUGUAAUUGUUUAUGAACCUUACAGUUGAUAAGGUUUACUCUAGUUUAUUUAAGAUGCAAGAAUUGUUUCACUGAUGGAAAUGCAAACUUGAUAGGCCAUUUCAGUUUUGAUCA